UCAAUGAAGAAGAAUUGCAAAAGGCUACCGACAACUAUAAUGAAAAUCUAAUUCUGGGUCGUGGAGGGCAAGGUACUGUGUAUAAAGGUAUGUUAUCGGAUGGAAAAAUUGUAGCAAUUAAGAAAUCCAAAGGAGUUCAAGAAGAAGAAGGCGUCAUAAUUGAGCAGUUCAUUAAUGAGGUUGUCCUUCUUUCACAAAUUAACCACAGAAAUGUUGUUAAAUUGUUUGGUUGCUGUUUGGAGACAGAAGUUCCUCUACUCGUUUAUGAGUUCAUCCCCAAUGGGACUCUUUCUAGUCACAUGCAUGAUAACUGUGAUGAUCAGUUCCCCUUUACAUGGGAUAGUCGCUUGAGAAUUGCUACAGAAGUUGCAGAAGCACUAGCGUACUUGCACUCAUCAGCUUCUAUACCUAUCUAUCAUAGAGAUAUCAAGUCUACCAAUAUACUCUUAGAUGAUAGCAGAUAUAGAGCCAAAGUGUCAGAUUUUGGGAUUUCAAGGUCAGUGCCAAUUGAUCAAACUCACUUAACUACCUUAGUUCAAGGGACAUUUGGGUAUUUAGACCCAGAGUACUUCCGAACAAGUCAAUUCACAGAUAAAAGUGAUGUUUAUAGCUUUGGAGUGGUGCUUGUGGAGCUGUUAACGGGGGAAAAGCCUAUUUCAACAACUAGAUCACAAGAGGAGAAAAGUCUAGUUUCAUAUUUUAUUGAUUCAAUGGAGGAAAAUAAGUUGUUUGAGAUCCUUGAUACUCAAACUGUAAAAGAAGGUAUAAAAGAGGACCUUGAGGCAGUUGCUGUAAUUGCAAAUAGAUGCCUGAAAAUGAAUGGCAAAGAAAGACCCACAAUGAAAGAAGUCGCAACGAAGCUUGAGGGAUUGAGAGGUUCUCCAUCAAAGAAUUUGUUUGUUCAAGAAAUUAAACAAAAUGAGGACUGCAAUAUACUUGAACCAAUUGGUCUAUGGAAUACUAGUACUUCAUUUUCUACAUCAUCUCUUUGGACCAUGGAGACUAGUGCUACAAUUCCAUUAGAUGGCCAACCAUUACUACUUAAUCCAUCUUCUUAGUCUUUAACUCAGGAACAAGAAAGGGU